AUGAGGGUGACUGUUACUGGUGUUUUUCCGCCCGACACGGGCAUUGGGACUGCUGCUCUAGGUACUGGUGAGGCUGUUGCUCUAGGUGCUAGCGAGGCUGCUGCUCUAGGUGCCAGUGCGUCUGCUUCCUCAGGUGCUGGUGAGUCUGCUCUCUCAGGUACUGCGUUGGCUCCGGCCUCCAACACCUUCACUCUUGAAUCGGAGGGCUUCUCGCUCUUCUUUCGAGACCGCACCACACUCACGCCGCUUGGUCGGCAGUUGCAGUCUCUCUGGCAGACCCCUCUGGGGUCCUGUCCUUGCUCAUCUUCUCCACUGUCCUCCCGUGUCCGGCCGGCCCCCUCUGGCACCCUGUCUGGUCUUUACCUCCCCUCGUCUCUACGAACUUGGCAUGGCCUCCCGUGUCCUUGUCUCUGGUCUUCCCCGCUCCCUCCCUCCCCUUCCUCCGGGGCCUGCCCCUACCUGCGUCCCCUGUGUCGAGGGCGGCAGCGUGCUGCCCCUCACUCCUCCCAGUUUCCUCCGACAGAGGCCCCGCUGCAGACGCUUCACAUGGACGUGUGGGCCCGGCCCGCGUCCAGUGGACAGGGUCACGAGCGCUACUUCCUGCUGGUGGUUGACGACUACUCGCGUUCACCACAGUCUUCCCCUUGCGCAGCAAGGACCCCCUCCCCUCAGGGUCCUGCCCCUUCAGGUGGUGUCCCAGGUAGACGCAGUCGAGCCUGUGGAGGUCGCUGUGACUCUGGUGCUGCUGGGGGUGCUGAGCCUGGGGGUGCUGACUCUGGGGGUGCUGAGCGUGUGGGUGCUACGCCUGGGGGUGCUGAGCCUGGGGGUGCUGAGCCUGAGGGUGCUACGACUGGGGGUGCUGAGCCUGGGGGUGCUGAGUCUGGGGGUGCUGAGCCUGGGGUGCUACGACUGGGGGUGCUGAGCCUGGGGGGUGCUACGCCUGGAGGUGCUGAGCCUGGGGGUGCGGAGCCUGAGGGAGCUGGGCCUGCUCGUGUGGCGUCUGGCGUGGUUUGCCCGGCGCUGGAGGCUGCUGCUGGAGCUGGAGGUUCUUCGGCUGCUGAGGGUGCUGGUGCCACGGGUCCCGGAGGUGCUCGUACUGGGAUUACUGGAGCUGCUGGGCCUGCGGGUACUACUGGAGCUGGAGCUGCUGAGGGUGUUGGCGCUGAGGGUACUGGCUGGCGGUACUGGAGGCGGUCCUGCUGGGGGUCUACUGGUGCUGCUGGGGGUACUGGAGCUGGAGGUGCUGCUGGCGCUGGUGCUACCACUGGGGGUACUGGUGCUGUCCCUGCUGUGUCUGGAGUCGCUGCGUGGCCUCGGCCGUACUUCGUUCCGCUUCUUGAGCAGGUUCUUGGUCCUCCCGCCUUCUACUGUCCUCCUCCUCCCUUAGAGUGUCCACAGCCUGUCCCGUCACAGUUACAGUUACAGCCGGCCUCCCCACUGCCUGCUCCUUCUCCCUACACUGGUCCUACUGGAGGUCUUGCUGAGCGUCGUGAGCCUGCGUCUCGUCCUGCGUCGCCUGUCCGUGCUGCUCGCGCUAGUGGUCGUGGUUCGCGUCAGCGUCCUCCCCCUGUGCCCGGCACGCACCGGAUGUCUCUCUCCGUCCGUCCACUGCUCCUCUGCGUGCCCCUUUGCCUUCUCCUCCUGAGUCCUCUCUUUCCUGCUCUUGCUGACCCGGAGUCGGACUCCCUUCGUGCUGCCAGUCCGACUGUCACGCGUCUCCUUGCUACUGUUGUCACUAACCUUCCUUUGAGUCCACUGCUGCGUCUGCCCUAG